CAGUACCUCUCACUUGCACGGGCGUUCAACUUGUAGUUCGUCUAACUGGAAUCCUAAUAGUGACCAAUAAAGUGAUAACUUGUGAUUAACGCUAAGAGAAAUAUUUGGUUACACACGUCUGUAUAUUGAAAGUGAUAAUGAACAGCGAAAUUUAUGAUAGAUUUGGAGACCAUAACAACGAAAGAUGUUAAGUCGAGCGAAAUGGUUGAUGCUGGCGAUAGCAGCAGUACUGGCGUUGCAGUCGCGAGGUGAAGGUGGGAUCAGACUUCCUGAUCAGCCAAGUCAAGAAGAAGGAAGGUCGCUAAACUUCAAUGAUGAUCAUGGACGAUCGCAGCAAGCUCAAGGACGAGGUCUUCUGGAUUGGAUAGGACUCGGUGAAGACCAGGACCCAUACAUCCAACAAGCAACUCAGCAGUGCAUCAGCGGAGAUUUGGCAGACUGCUUCAAAGCUCAGGCCUUGAGGUCGUUUGAUGACUUCUUUGACAAACAAGCAUACCAAUUAUCGGAAAAUGCUGUCCUCGUUAAGGUUGAGUCUCAGGCACGAGCCUUAUCCAGGGAACCACCACAACUCAGCUCCCAACCAAGAAGUGACGACACCGAUUGGGAUGGCCUAGUGAAAUACGGAUUGAGGAAAAUUGAAAGGUUUCUCCGGUCAACCGCAUUAGAGAUGCAACUUGAUAACGAGGUGACAUCGAAUGGCGUGAUAGCACCGAGAUUUAUAGACGAGAUUGCCGACGAAGUUGACAUCAUUGAGGAUAAAAAGGCCCCUCCAUUCCGUCGCCAUAAGCUCAAGAAACUGAUCAUCCCCAUGUUGUUGAUCCUGAAGCUGUUCAAGUUGAAGUUGCUCCUUUUCCUGCCCCUCAUUCUUGGCUUAGCCAGCUUUAAGAAAUUCUUGGGAUUCAUGGCUCUUGUUAUACCUGGUGUUAUUGGCUACUUUAAAUUCUGCAAGCCAAACCUGACGUCACCAUUUUCCUCCCAACAUUUCUCAGCACCGCAGUAUUCCCCAGCGGGCAUUGGUAUUAAUGCCUUCAAUCAUCAACCUCAAGGGUCGUACGGGCAUUAUGAUGCAUAUGCGGGCCAUAAGUACGGUUCCGGAAUAUCAUUUCGCGAUCAUGAAACAAGCCCUCAAGAUCUCGCUUAUCAGGGCUGGGAAUACAGAAAUAAAAACAAUGCAGACAUAAAAGCUGAAGAAGCUUAAUAUUAACAUCUUAGAACACCGAAUCGUGAGGUAAAAAAUAUAUUAUUACAUAAAUAAGUAUUAAGGUUAAACCCCACUAAAGCACUUUUGUGCAGCUUGCGUAGCUAAUACGCAACACUGAAGUGAAGCAAUGCAAAUUUUGGAUUGGUAAUUAAUACCUAUUCUUAUUUUCAAACAAAUAAUUAUUAAUUUUGAAAUCUCUAGUAUGUAGAACAAUAAAAAAUUAGGUGUUUUUUUAGUUUUUGCAGCUUUCAAAGAUAAAAGUAAAAAGGUCUCAUGAAGUUUUAAUUAAUUUAACUAUGUCAUUGGGCCAACUUGUACCGCGUCACCGUCUAAUAAUUAUUUAUUGAUUUUUCUAUUCCUCGAUAUUAUUAAUUAUUGAUACCCUAAAGCUAUCCUAUGUUUUUCUGUAGAUAUAUUUAUGACGAUCGUUUGAAUUACAAGAGUUAAAAGCAUAACAAACACCCUAACCAUUGGAUUUGAUGUAAUAUUAGGAUUUAACCCAAUAUUUUUGGACUCACUGCGGUACCGCAACGUAAUGCUAAAGUGAGGUUUCAACUUUACAGUGAAAUUAUUGUAAUUUAUUCAGAACGGUGCCUAGUAUAACUGUUAUAAUAUAAUGAUUUUAUAAACUAACAGAACAUUUUUGUAAUGUAUUAUUUGUGCCAUAUUUGUUACAAUGAUUAAUUACACAGUUGCGACUGACAUUGUUAUGUUAUUAGUCCGUUUUGUAAUACAUUAUUUGUACAAAUGGGUACCAGACGCUUUCUUUAUAAGUAGUUUUUAUGUUAAUAUAAGAAGAAUUAGUUUUAGAUAAGUGUUUAUAAGUCAAAAUUUAUUCUUUAACUGUUUUUAGCUUAUUCAUUUUCCUUCCUAACUUAAGUUAUUUUAAUAUUAUAAGACUGUGUACAUUAUUCGAGGCUACGAGAAAUUAGAUUCUAGUUUAUAUUUUUUAUUAAUGUAUUAAUGUAUAUUAAUAAGUUUAUUUUAGUUAGUUAAGUUACUAUCAAUAUUUUAAGUUUUUUCUUUGCUCAACGCCAGUGUUAGAGAGUACAUAUUUAUUUAAAUAUGUACUCAUCAUGUCAUUGUUUGUGUAUAAUAGCGCGAUAAAUGAAUAUUAUAUGUAACCACAUAAAUCCUAGUACUUUUAUACUUACUGAUAAAUAAAGAAAUUCGUGCGAAAUUAUUCCCCAACCAAGCCAAAAUAUUCAAAAAUGCACAACGUUAAUGUUCAAGUUUUCACUUCUGCCGGCACUCCCGGAGUGCAACCCGUUAUUUUUUUAAUGUGUGAGUGUGCUGAAAAUAGAGGCUAACUGUUCACCUCUAAUUUUUCGACGUGUUCGAUCUGUCACAGUCUAUCAAGACGUAUUAAUUAGCUAAGGUGGGACAUAUUAUAUCAUCAGUUGUACAUAAUAUUCGUCGAAAUGUUUUAAAGAUAAUUUAUUUUCAUUGCCAAUUUUACUAAAAUAAUUAUGAUAUCAAUAUUUAACGUAAUGAAAGAUACGAUAAUUAAAUGUUCAAUAAAUAUUCCCUGAUCUAUUAAAAGCUUUUUAGGAAUAAAGCCACUAGGGGCUAACAAUGAGAAGAAUACGAAAUAUUUAUCGAGGAUAAUAAUUUUCCUUAAUUUCAAAUUAUUGCCCAAUUUUCUUAUGUCUUAUUAUAAUUUUGCACGUGUCGUUACACUUAUUAGGCCUCCCUUUGUGUUGAAAGCCUUCAAUAUCUCCUUGUUAUUUAUUCUAAAGAAAUAUUGUCAAGACUGUGUCAACGUUAAAAUAAAUAUGUCUUACAUAAUUUCCCUUUUGUAUUAUUACUUUUAUAAGAUAUUCUUUUGUUACUUUUCUAUCGUUUUGUCAAAGUUUUUUAUUUUAUUUUAUAAUUAUAAUAUGUGAACGUUAGAUUAAGGAUUGGUCUCCGCUUCGCUACAACUAGAUAUAUAUAUAUAGCACUACCUACGAACAAUAGCUUUUUUAUUACGGCAACUAUUAGAUGCUUGUGUGCGUGACAUCUUGACACUCAAUGGCAUCUUUCAAAUUUUGUAACAUACGCUUCGUGUUAUUUUACAUUGAAAUUAAUAAAAUACAAAAUACUUACUGAUGAUAUGUGAUCCCGGUGUCUUUCUUAUUUCUUGUAGUAUUAUUUUUAAAAAGUUUAACUACGCAAUCCGCCAUUUUAGUUUCAAUUAUUAUCAAAGUUUAACAGAACAUAUGGCACGUCAACGUCACACAUUGUUCGAGACUGGCUCGAGUACGCCCACUUGGGCGCACUUUGCGACUACGCCUUCGAUAUCUAGUUGGAGCGCAGCAGAGACCAAUACUCCAUCAAAGAUGUGAACGUUUGCCGGUUAUUUUCGUAACAACUGUCAUUCUAAAAUAACGAUAGUUAUAUUUAAUUAAACAAAAUACAUUUUAAAGAAGCGUUUAUUUUUAAUUAUUUAGGCGGUAGAGCUUUUUGUUUGUCAAGAAACUGAACAGAAGUACGUUCGUCUCGUCACAUUUUCUCAAAAAAAAAAUAGCGCGUAUCUUUUAAAAUGUAUUUCACUUAAAUUAUUAGUAACUUGUUAAAUUCAUUCACUAUGGCAAAUAUAUUGAAAUUAUUAGAAAAACAAACGUUUUGCUGUAAAAUUUUUAUACCUAAAUUAGGUACAAUGAAACGUAAACUUUAUAAGUUAUUGUAAUUUGUAUUUUUAUGAAAGGUAAUUUUAUUAAACAUUUUCUAUGAAA